AUGUUGAACCUGUGGAAAGACCCGUACCAGGACUUGGAAGCACAGGGCAUGUGCAAGCUCAGACAGAGCCAGUAUGUGAGUCGGGUGCGCGCACACAUAUUCUCGCUGCUGCUGGCGUUGGCCAUGUCCGUGGUUGCUCUCCAUUUCUACAUCAAGACAGUUCGCCUCAGUCACGAGUUCGAGGACCGAAUUGGCCCGCGGCUCGUCAACAUAGACACUCUCACACACGAUGUCAUUGUCAAACCGAUCCAUUCGCACAACGACGAGUGGAGAAGACAUCCGUUGGUGGACGCUCUGAGAGCGGGUGCCAAUUCCGUAGAAGCCGACUGUUUCUACUUCCCAGACGACCCGGAUACCAUAUAUGUGGGCCACAACUCCGUGUUUCUCAAGAAGGAGCUAAACAUCGACUCGCUAUAUUUGGAUCACCUGUACGAUAUUUUGGAGAAGGCCAAUGUCAAAAACGACACUUCUCGCAGAAAUGGCAUUUUCUACACGGCGCCGGAAACUACCACAUACUUCUACAUUGAUAUCAAGAACAACGGGGAACAGCUUUUGCAGGCGCUGGAAAAGAAACUGGAGCGCUUCCUCGCCAAGGGAUACCUCACCUCGUACAGCGCAGAAGAGGACGAAUUCCACGAAGGGCCUCUCACCGUCAUUAUCACCGGAGACUUCCCUUACGACUACAUUAGCUCGCAAAAGCUCAUUUACACAUUCAUUGAUGCGCCGCUGAAAGAUCUUGUGGACCCAGAAAAGGCCAGCCUCUAUCCGGCCAGCAAAAUCUCGAUAUUUUCUUCCGCUUCGCUGUCUGAGCUGACAGGCUCCCACAAGGCAUUGAGUCUGUUUGACGGGCUGUCAGCUAAACAGCUUGCCGACCUUGAGAAAUAUAUCUCUGCUGCUCACAAGGUCGGGCUCAAGACGCGGAUCUGGGACACCCCAAGGUUCACGAAGUCGAUCAAACACACCGUUUGGAAGCAGCUUAUCGCGUUGGGAUCCGACUACCUAAACACCGACGAGCUUAAGGAAGCCAACAGCAUAUGA